AUGCAUAUUAUAAUGUAUAUACAAGUACAUAAUUUCAGUCAAAAUACUUUGAAAGUAUUUUUAUUUUUUAUUUUAGGCAAUUUUGGUUUAAUCAAUUUCACUCGUGCAUAUGUUAAAUUCUACAUAAACAGUGAGUAAAAUAAAUAUAUAUUUUAUAAGUAUAUAUAAUGUUAUAAUUUUGUUACAAACAACUUGACUGUACAUUCCACGACUAUCGAAAAAAAACAUAAUCACAAACUUUUUACUUUCAAUAAAUCAAAUUUAUGUGUAACUACACGUUGCUACUCGAUUUUUCGGUUAAUGUAGUUACAAUAAUUUUAAUUAUUGUAAACUUUAAUAAUUUUAUAAUAAAAUGUUAAUAUUAAUUUAUUAAUUAUUAAUCAAUAAUCAUCUAAUUAAUUUGAGUAAUUAAUUAAUUGUUACAAUGUUGUUUACAUUAACUGUUGGUAUGGAAUGACCCAUAGACCUUCAGUUUCCUUAGCAGAGACCAAUUUUCCCUAAUCGAGUGAGUGAAGUCCAUACCAUUCAUAGCCUGUGUUCCUCUUUUCUUUUACUCCUCAUCAAUACGGCGAUGAGUUUGUCGGCAUUUAGUUCGUUUCCAUCCCUUUCAUAUUCUUUUAGUAAUUCUUCGCUUUCCUUAGUCCAGCAAGGGGUAUAAUUAUGUCUGUGGCCUCUUGGUAUCGAUUUCUUCGCAGUUGUCUUUAUAAGGUUGAUGAAUCUGCCAUAGUUGUCCGGUAUAGGUUCAAUUCGGUUGAUAUUAUCAUCAACGUAUUUUGAAUAUUCUGGCCAUGCUGCUUUACGCAGAUUCCAACGAGACAUUAAAGGUUUGUCUAUGAUUAGGAUUAUAAGACUAAUGGUUACGGCGGUUGGCAAGUGCUGACUUCUUGGGAUAAGGUUUUUGAUUUCUCUAUUUACGGUUAGAAGUAGGCCAUAAGGGUCCUCCGACACGAAACAGAGAUCAGGCAAUAUCGUCGUACCCCAUCUACCAGAUUUAAAAGUGCCCCCUUAUUUGGCAUCGUAGAUCAGUUUAAGAUGGUUAAUUGCUGCCCAGUCCGAAAGUCUUUCGCUUUCUUCAUUGUCAACGGAGUAUCCCCACUCAGUAUUGUGGGAGUUCAAAUCUCCGACUUAUAUUACAGGAUGUUCAAUAACUGGUAAAACGGAAGCGGUCCACUUUCUGAAAGGGGGUUUGUGAACGUUAAAUAUGGUUAGGGGUCCAAUGCGAAUAUCAACCGUGUGUUCGUUACCGGCCACUUGUUCAAUGUCUAGGAAUGAUUUGCUUUGGCUUAUAUAUGUUGCCAAGCCGUGUUUAUUGUGGCCAAUGUGAUGCACCAGGUUGAAGCCGUUUAUUUUUAGGUUAUUUGUUUGACCGUCAGAUAUGUGAGUCUUUUGUAAACACCAACACAUCCAUGUCACCAAAUUUUUUCCCUAAAAUGUCAGCCUUGGCUCGAAUCAGGCCUUCCACGUUAAUCUGAGCUAUUUUUAAAUUGUUCUUUACCUUUUUAGUGCCUGCAGUAUCAUAGCGUGGCUGAUUGUCAUGCAUUUUUUGUGUUUUUUGGAUUUAUUGUACCUUUUUUUACUUUUUUGCUGUUUUUAUUUUAUCAAUCUCAUAGUAAUGAGAGGAUGGGGUAUGAACUCAUAGUUUUAAAGUGGGCGUAGGCCUCAAAAUUUUGAGAAUCUAUGCUCUAGAGUAUGUUUGUUGUAGCCGAAUGGUUAUACAUACCUAUUGUCAUCCUAGGUUUCUCGGAGGUUUAAAUCCGUGUUUCGAAAAAAAAAUAGUUUAUCCUUAUUUUUUCCCUUUUAUCUAAACAAUGAAAAAACAAAUGUAUUUUAGAAGUACCUAGAUGCCAGAGUUUCAAGCAAUCGCUCGUUCGGAAUAUUUUAGUCUCGAAAUACCCCUCGAUUUGUUGUGUAAACUUUUAUACCAGAAAUCUUGCUCGGAUGUAUCAAAUGUAGUUUAUUUUCUGAACUGGAAAUUUAUCUUCAUGGUACUUUAGAGAGGUCAUUUUUUGAUUUUUCAAUUGGUUUUCAUAAUAUCUGUGAAAAACCUGAAUAAAAUAUCGGAAUAACGAAAAUGUACAAAAUGUAGGUAUUAGUAAAAUAUUGUAUGGCAUUUUUUUCAACAACAUUUGCUCCGAUUUUAAAUGAUAGCACUUUUUCUGAAAUAAAAUCUGAUUGAAGAGGUAUUUUAGAAAGGUCAUUUUUCGAUUUUCCCUAAAGUUUUCUCAGCAAAUGUGAAAAACCGGGAAAACGCAGGAAAAACGGGAAAAUCGGUAUAAUAUCAGUUAGUUAUUAAUUUUCUGCCAAUAAUAAUUUCUGUAUUAUUAUAAUAUAUAAUAUUAUUAUUAAGGCCCUAGGUAAACUAAAUGAUAAUACUUAUGAAUAAAAUAAAGAAUAAAAUUAAUCUAUUCAAAUUAUUUGAACUCAAUUCGUGACUAUACGAUAAAAUGGUUCAGACCUUUCAUAUUUUAUUUCAUUCAUAGUUUACGAACUCAUAGGGCCAGAGCAUUAUUGGGAACAACAUCACAUGGUAAAGCAGUAUUUUGAAUGUUGAAAUCUGGAUAUUGCAAUCUAAUAUAAGUUCAUAAUAUAGUUGUACCAUUAAUGUUGCAAUAAAUAAAUUUGUUAAUAUUUUUAUAAACCCACUGGAAAAACCAAUUGUUCCAUCAUGCCACACCCUCUUUCAAGAUGCACACGCUUUCGAUAUAAGAAAAAUUAAUUAUAAUAACAAUAAUUUAAAAUAUAUUUUUUUUUUUAAAUAAACUAAACCAACUUGAAUAAUUUAAUAUAGUGUAGGAUGAGGUUUUUUUUAUGCAUAAGUAAUUAUGAAUAAUAUUUUCAAUAUUCUAGUGAAUGAAACUCCAUCAAUAUUGUACUGUAAGUUGUGUAUUGUAAAAUAUGUUAUGAAGUCAUUAAGUACUAACCAAAUAGGCAUUUUUAUUUUUUAUUUGGUCCUAUGUGAUGGAUACAAUUUUUUCUAGCUAUAAUGUUUGAAAAUAAAACUUAAAAUUCCUCACACAUUGUGUUUAGUGAUCAAAAUAAAUUUAUUUAUGUAUUUAUGCCAUGACAAACUUCGUAUGAAAUUGUAUCAAUAUUUACAUACUUUUUUUUUUUUAUUUAUGCGUAUAUACUUUUAUAUUAAUUCGUAAUUUUCAAUAGAUAAAUAAACAUUAACAUAUAUAUAUAUAUAUAUAUAUAUAUAUUGAAUCAGGCACUAUACAGGGGGGGUUGGGAGUUCAACCCCCCCUCGAAAAUUUAUAGUUGUGUAAUUAAUUUAUAUUAAUUUAACUAAUUUGUUUAUAAUAUUGAUAAUAUUGGUAAUAUUGAUUAUUGUGAAUUUUUAUGAACCCCACAUUUUUUUUUGUGUCCGUGCCUAUAUUAAACAUAAAAGCCACUUUACUGGAUACUUACAAACAUUCCCCUAAAAUUAUUAUAAUUUUUUUCCGGAUAAAUUAUUGUCGUAUUUAAAUAUUUUUCGCGAGAAAUAUCGUAUUCGAACAAUUGAUGUAAUACCUACUUCCCACCUUCCCGCCUACAACAAUAGCCUAUCAAUGGUAAAAAGUAUGUCCGGAUUUUUUAGUAUUUUAAUUAAAAAUAAAAUCAAUACAGAAAAUAAAACCAAAAAUAUAUUUAACUGGUUUUAAUAAUUUAAUAGUUAAUUGUUACUUAUGUAUAUUUACUUAUUAGCGUUCGCAGCUAUGUAUUAUGAAUACCUUCAAAUAGAAGUUUCUAAAUGUAUGUAUUAACGUUGUGUGACUAAUUUUAUUUUAUUAUAUUUUAUUGUAAAAAAUUUAACCGUAAUAAGUAUUUACCGUAAAUACUAAAUACAAAACAUAAUAUGUUUAUACACUGACAUUUUAUAAUCAUUUUAAAAUCAGUAAUACUUAAUUAAGUUUAAUUUCAUUUGUAGAUGAAAUCAUGAAUGCAACGGAAUGGUGUAUACAAGGUUAGUUAUAAAAUAGUGCAACGGUCUCUGAAGUAUGCUCCAUGGCACCCUAGGCAACUAUGGUAUCUGUAUAGCGGUGCCACGUCACCAUGUGUUAUAUUUACUGGUAUAAAAAUACAUUUUAAAUACAUUUUGCCGACUCGUUAAAGAGCUCGUAUUUAACUAAAAAACUGCGUCUGGUUGAAAGCGUUUAAUCAGAAGUUCCUUAUGAUUCGACAAGGCUUACAAUAUAAUCUCACACUAUUAAUAAUUACUAAUAAUUAGUAGGUAUCUAAAAUCUACAAUUUAAAUGGCACAUGCAAGUGUCUUAUGGUCCCCAGGUAUCAUAUCAAUUAUAUAAACAUAAAUAAUUCCUUCCAUCGGGAGGACAACUAAUGUUUAACUAAUGUUUACAAAUUAAUAUACCCUAAACAAAUUAAAUGGAAAUAGGAAACAGAUUUAUAGAAAUAUAUAGAUAGUGUCAUUGAACAUAUUAAGUUUAUACCGUACGGCUGCAUUUCAAAACCUCAUUGAAGUUUUUUUUUUAUUAAUCUUAAAAUUUUUAAUUUCUACUUCGACAACAUAAGACCAUUACAUUAGCAUUACAUUUAAGGUACAUAGAAUAACACAAAAAACAAUUUGGUUUAUAUUGCAAUAUUUUUAGUAUUAAUAAAUUUAAUAUUUGAAUUGUUUUGAAAAAUUCUAUAGUGUUUAUUUUGUUUUCUGAGUUUGGCCCUAGACUUAUUCCGAUAUCAUGCCUUAUGUUUAAUUUUUCUCUUUGUUUUUCAUAUAUUUUACAUUCUUCGAAAAUGUGUUUAAUUAUGAGCGUAGUGCCGCAUGCUUGAAAUAUUGAUGGGUCACCUUUUGCCAUCAAUUAUCACUCUGCCAUUCUUGUGUGACCAAUUCUGGCCCGAUUUAGUUUUUUUUCGUUAGUGGUACUAAUUUUUGGAUUUCUUUUCCAUCUUUUUACUCUUUAUUUAAUUUGAUUUAGUUUGUUUGUUUGGCAGCUCCAAAUUUUUUAUCAUACAGAGAUUAUGUUUUGUUUUAUUUGUUUUCUUACACCUAUAUACUGUAAUGUGUUGAUGUAGUGUGUGUUGGUUGGGUUGAUAGAAAGUUUAACUUGUCUAUCAACCCUUCCAUUGCCAUCUAUUCCUUUGUGUCUGGAUAACCAUUUAAGAAUUAUAUUAUUGUUCUUUUUUUUUGCUUCUUCUAAUCUGUUUUGAAUUUGUAUUGCUAUGUUACUAGAAUAAAUUUAUUUUUUACACUAAUGAGGGUACUUAACGAGUCGCUUAGAAUGAUAUAUUUAUCGUUUUCAUUUUUGUUUAUGAACUUAAUUGCCACUACUUCGGCCGUACAUAUUAAGCAUGUAGGUGGUAGUUUAACCGAUGUUUGUAGAUUAUUUUUUGCUAUUGAUAUCCCUACUCCUUCAUCAUUUUUAGAGGCAUUAGUAUAUAUUUCUUGAAAUUCGUUUAGAUGUUCAAUAGUAAUUUUUAGAAUAUUUUUGUAAACGCUUGGAGGUGUAUUUUCCUUGCGCAGUGUGUUAAACUCUGUAUUUAUGUUGUAUGAGCUUGUCCACGGAGGGCUUAUUAUUUUUUUCUUUUUUAUUAUUUGCGAUAUUUUAUAACAAUCUUGAUUGUUUUGUAGUUCUAGUAUUAUUUUGUUCGCUGAAGCUGAGUUUUCUGCUAAUCUGGAUAAUCUUGCCGUGUAUAAAAGUGUCAAUUCAGUUAUAAAGUUAGACAUCUGUGUAGACCAGGCCAGCGUGCACCAUUUCUGUUGGUUGAACUUAAAUCUCUUGAUGAUGUAUCUAAUAUUUUACGAAUAAAGUUUAAACUUCGUAUUACUGGUCAUUAGAAAAAUAUUUGGGAAAUCAAGACCUCACAAUUAUUCAAUAUGGUCAUUUAGUUGAUCUUCGUACCGAGCUGAGAAAUAAGCAAUCAAAUGGUCACCAUAGACGGACCAUCGAGCAUGUCAAUUUGAACCGUGUCUGGUUUCAAAACAACUAGCUUCUUGUCUUAAUAGUCAACAUAAUAAUGUAAAUAAUUUUUGUUAUCAAUUUAUGUGUUUAUUUUGGCUAUUGUGAAAAAUCGCCGUGGCCCUAGAACUAAGUUAUUAACUUUUAAAUGUAACAUAGUGUCCUUUAUUAAAUAUUUUUUUGUGUUAACGGAAACUUGAUGGUUAUACAAUAAUUUCUUUAACUAUGAUCUAGGAAUGUUAAAUUAUAAUGUGUAUCGUUGGAAAAGGUUUUAUAUAGAAUAAUAUGUUUCGAUUGUGUCAUAUAAUAUGUAUGCAAUAUUGCGAUAAGGGCAUGAUUAUCUAUAGUUAUAAUAUAGUAGUAGAAAUUAUAAAUGCGACGAACAGUGAAAGGGUUUCUUGGUAUAUUGAUGCUAUAUAAUUGUGUGUUGUCUUUAAGUCUAUUAUUUGUGUAUUCUGUUCAUAUUGUAUAAUUUUAGGUUUUUAAUUCUUUUUUUAUUAAAACAAAAUGUUUCGAGUAUAAACUCUAUUUUGCUCAGAUAAUCCAUAGAUUUGUAUUGCAAAUAAAACCAGUUGGUAGCCACAUGUAAUAUUAUACAAUUUAAAAUAUAAUUACCUGGGUGAUAAUACUAAUUUAUAAAUAUAAUAUCUAUUAGAUACAAGUUUGAUUCAAAAGUUCCCAUUAGCGCGUUUUCUCAGGCGAGCCAAUCUUAUCUCUGCCGCGCGGUGCUUUCUUUGUGCUUCGGAUGAUGAUGUUGGCGGGGUGUCACCAUUGCCGUGCUGGACCACCAGCGGCCGUUCCGCAUUCGGCUCUGUUCUCUUAGUCUAUCGUCGGUGUCAUUUUUGUUUGAUCCACCGAAUGCUUUCCGUUCUCGCUUUGAUGUUUGUCGCGAACCGGUACACUGUCGCUAUGAAUAUUCCACCGUGAGCUCAAACGUUUAUCGAACCCUGAUCAUCUCCUACAUUGUGCUCUGCCGUAAAGAGGCAUCCGUUCACGCGUCACAAAGGGCACGUCCAUUAUCGCCAUAGUGCGCGAGCGCCGCCCGUUAAAUUAUUUAUUCGUUAUUGUUAUUGCUUGUACCACUUUUCUUCCGCCCGUUUGCUCAAUGCCAACGUCGUGCCAAACAAUACCACUCCUCUAACGUAUGUCCGACGCUCGUGUCGGCCAUAGGUACAUUGGGCGUAUACACGCACCUGCGGUCCGUACCGCCCGAGUCGUUCCACCGUGGUCAUCACACCGUCGCGUCCCGUUAGUGUUUCUCUCAAAAAUUCAUUAGGUAGAUAAUCUAUAGUUAUUUUCAUAAACUUGAGCUAAAUGUGGACAAUUUUUUUUUUUAGAAGCUUUUAUAGAAAAAAGUGGAAACUAUAGUGAUCAAAAUGAAAACGCUCUAGAUGAGUUUGAUGGUACGUUUUUCUCAAUAAAUAUUUCAAACAGGUUAAGUAUAAUUAAAACCUAUAAUAAUUUCCAAAAAGUUAAGUUCAAAGUAGACAUUUUUUAAUAACAGAAAAUGAAGGAGAUGGAGAAUGGAAUAUUUCUGUUAAAAAUCCGGAUACUUCAAAUAAUUUUGGUAUGUUUGUUUCAACAUUUUAAAUAGUAUUAAUUCAUUAUUAUAUGAUAUUUUAGUAAGUAAUACAAAUAGAGACAUCAAGUUUAUUAUAUUAAUCAGUUUAUUUAAAAUUCACUUAAAAAAGUCAACUAAAACUUUAAUUGUACCCAAUUAAAACAUUUUGUGGGAUGGUUUUUUUGCAUAUAUAAUAAAAUUAAGGUUUAUUUAAACGGUAAUAUAAUUAUUAUGUUCAUACAAAACUAUAAUUUAUGUUUUGUUUGUUCUUGUUUAAUUUAACAAAACACUAAUGAAAUCACAUAUUAAUUAUUUUAUAGAACAAUGGAAAUAAAAUAUUUAAACAAUAAAUACUCCGAAAAUAAACGUAUACAAAAACUAACUAUAAUAAUAACUGAAAGUUGAAAUAUUAUGUUUUUAUAAUAAAAAUUUGGGAAAUAAAAAGUUGUCGCCUAAAACUAAUUAAAAUCGAUUUUUUUCCGCCUUUUUAUUACAUGAAUUAAUACAUAUAAAGAUUUUUUUUUUUUAAAUUAGCAAUAGUGUGUUCUAGAACAAAAGCCUAAUAUUUAUAAAAUAAUAAAAACCAUUAUAAUCCAAGUUAAUUAUUAUAAAAAAUCGUGUAUCAAUUUUUAUAAAUAUACAAUUUAUUUAGAUUUUUGACAAUUUAAUUUAGGAUUCAUCAAACAUUUUCUUUAAAAUUGUUAAAAAAAAAAGUUUAGCUAAUUUCACUAAUUGUAUCAAUAUUCAAUAAGUAUUUAAAAUCAUCCAAAAGAGUCGCAUAACUAAAAUAUUUUUGUGUAAGCACACAUGCUUAUAGAUCUCUUAGCUAGUUUUUUACCAUUUUUCUUUUGGACAAGAAGGUCGUAAAGUCAAAAUAAACCGUGUAUAUAAUAUAAUCUGUAAUCAAUAAUAUUGAGUUAAUUUUUUUACUAGUUUAAGAUUUGUAGCACUCACACACACGCAUACACACUUAUACAUAAAUACACAUUUAUAUAGAAUACGCAUUAUAUAGCUUGACAGUAUUUGCUCGGCAACCCCAUGCAUUGCUGUUCGAGCUAUCACCCAUUACACUUCUAGCUAUUCCUCCAUACCUUUUUACCUAUGACCUAGGUCCUAGGUGUUAGUGGUGCACAAAGGUUGUUGGUGUUUGGGCGCACACAACAUCGUUUUACGAUCCCGGCCCUUUCACUGAAUCUUACCUCAAAUAAGCUUUAGACGUCUUGUCUAUAUACUACGCAGGAAACCAGCUUAAACUCAAUCCUACCAAAACAUACACUUUUCACUUAAAAAAACGAUAGGUAACACACAAACUCAAACUAAAAUAGGAAGAAGUGUUUUUAAACCACUUAAACUUCCUCAAAUACCUUGGAGUAAUUUUACACAGAUCAUUUAUCUAUUUAAAACACUAUGAAAAUACGAAAGCUAUAGUAAACACCAGGAACAACCUGCUGAAGAAAAUUUUUCAUUCACACUGGGUUGUAGACCCUACAACUCUUAGGACAACGGCUCUAGCACUCAGCUAUUUAUCUGCAGAAUAUGCCUGUCCAGUAUGGUUCUUCUCAGCCCAUGCGAAGAAAAUAGACGUAGCAGUUAAUGAAACUUGAAGAAUAAUCACAGAGUGCCUAAAACCAACAAAGCAUAGCCCCACCAAAUAUAAGACGACAUAUGAUAGCAGAAGAAGAAAACAGUUUAUGAAACCUCGAUGGAAAACACCCCUUGUACGAAUACAAACCAAGUAACAGCAGAUUAAAGUCGAGGCAUAGUAUUCUAAACAGCACUACAGGCACUUUACUAUCAAAACCUCACAGAUGCCUUCAAAAAUGAAACGAAAGAUGUAAAACCGAAACACCAAAACGGACAAAAAUAAUAUUGAGGAUCUACUCCGAGAAACAACCUGAAAUAUGGACAUUGGAAAACUUUCAAUCGUCAAUGAGAAACAGAAGAUACUGUAGAAUGAACUAUAGAAUCUAUAGCCUCAUUGUAAAAUACACACAAAAGCACAAAAAAAUAAACCUUUAUUAAUUUCAAAAGAAUUAAGCACAAAUAUUUGGAGAUACAUUUUUUUUUUUUAGUUUUUAUUAAAUAUAAUAUUUAAUAUUUAGUUUUUCAUAAAAAGAGAAAAAGAAGAGGAACCUAAUAUUUUUGUUUGAAAAACAUACAUUAAAAAACAAUAUUCAAUUAUUGAACGUUCAAACUAAUAACACAUUACGAAAAUUGAAAGAUGUAUACUGUUCAUAAUAAUUAAUGAUGGUAAAAAGUGUUGUGUUACAAGGAAAGAAAAAAAUUAAAUAUUAGUUAAUGAUUGGAUUAACUUACCUACAUUAGGUGCAAUUUAAUAAAUUUAGUUUUUUUUGCACAUACAAGUUUUUUAUAUUUGCAUAUGCUUUCGUUAUUUACUACAAGGUAUAUCGUACAUAUAUCUAAAAAAAAUGUUUGUUUAUUUUUAUUUUCGAAUUUAAGCGUGAAGUGGAAUGUAUAGAAUUUACUAUGAUAUGUAUGAUUUUUUUUUCCAUCUGACAAAACUAUCUACCAUAAACGAAAAUUGAAACACGUUAAAUAGUCGUAUGAUAUAAAAUAUAAGCAUAACACUAAUUUAUUAAACGCAAACGGAAAUUUUAAUGUUAGGACAAAUGAUAAGCGGUAUUCAAGAACAACCUUAGCGGAUUUUUGGCUUAAACGACGGAUUUUGAAUUUUAGAAGAUACUUAGACUGUUUUGUACAAAAACAGACCGUACGAGUGUUGAUAAUAUCAUGAUAACACUCAUUGCACUGGAGAAAUUGUAGAAUUGUUUAUUGAUUUGUAUAUUCUUACAAAGAAUUAAGGUUUUUUUUUUUUAAUUUUCUCAAAUUAGAAUUAGAGCCGUUAGGGUCCUUUUCGCAUUAAUCAAAUUAAAUAGUUUACAAUAAAUAGAUAAUAUGAAACAAAUUAAACAUAAAUUUUGUUUUACAAUUAUUUAAUAAAAUCUCACCUAGAGCUACAUUAACUACAUUUGUUUUACGAUCCAUGCAAGGUGCAAACUAUGGAAGGAGAUUUUAUACUAACUAAGCAAAUUUUUCAGGAGACGGUACUUCAAAAACCAAAGUAGAUCAGAAAAAUACUCCAAUAAUAACUUUAGGUAGGUAAACCUGUAAUAAUAUACAAAACGGUGAGCGUAAUGCCAUUUUUUUUAGAAAAAAAAACAAAAACAAAAGAAGAUGGGAAUUUUGUUGUUCAGCAUCCAGAAAAAAGCACCGCUUCAGAUGAUCAUGGUACGUUUUUCUCAACAAAUAUUUUAAACAGGUUAGGUAAACACAUGUUACAUAAAGUGAACAUAAUACCAUAUAUUUAAGUAGAAAGAAAAUUAAAAGAAAGUUCAAGGACUAAGUUUAACCUCCCAAUGAGAAGCUCCUCUCUAAAUGAUUUAGGUAAGUUUUCACUAUAAGUAUUUCAAGAAGGUAAAGCAUUAACACAUCGCAAAUAAACAAAAAAUUACAUAUUUAAAAACCAACAAUUAAUUAUUGACUAUUCAAAUCAUUAUAAUUAACAGGUAAUGUAUACUGUUUAUAACAAAUUGCAUUGGAAAAUAGUGUUAUGUAAAAAAAAAAAGCAAUUUUCUUUAAUGAUUAAAUAUACAAUGUCCGAAAUAUAUUUUUAAAAAAUUACAAUUUUUUUUCUGUGGACAACUAUUUUUUUAGAAAAUUUGCUCCAAUUUAUAAUAAAAGCACUUUUUUCUGAAUAUAAAUUGGACUGAUGUAGUUCUGUAAACAGAUAAUUUCUGAAUAUUUUGGUAGUUUUUUCUGCAAACGUAAAAAAUCGGAAUAAAACUGAUGAAAAAGGGAAAAUAUAGUAGGUAUAAGUUGAUGGAAAUAUGAAAGUCAUUUUUUUUCUAGCUAACAAAUUUUCCACAAGCAAUUUAUCUCCGAUCCACAAUGAUGUUACUUUUCUUUUAUGGGAAUUUUACUGAGGUACCUUAAGAAUAUAAUUUUUUAAUUGUAAUUAUUUUACCAUAUUUUGGUUUACAUGUAGUUAAAAAGUCACAACACUUUCAACUGUUCUCUGCUCAAAAUCGGGUUUUCGUUAGCAAUGUUUUAUCAUAACUCACAGAUAUAAAUUUAAUUUCUACACUACUAUUUUCCCCACAAUUAACCUUAACAGUAUCUACGCUUACGUAUGACGUUGCCCGGAUUUUUUGUUCUGUAUAUUUUAAUAAAGAUUGAGGAAUUAUUAUUUAAAAUUUAUUCAAAAUGGAAAUUGUGAAAAUUGGGUAUUUGUUGCAAUGACGCAGUCAAAUAGUUUACAAUAAAUAGAUGAUACGACAUAAAUUCAAUACUUUUGUUUCUAUUUAUUUUCUGCAAUCUCACUUAGACUACAUUUGCUUUUUUGAAUCCUGCCAAAGUGAAAAUUGUGGUAUAAAUGUUCAAUAAAACCUAUCAAUUUUUUUCAGAUCAGAAUAUUUCAAAACCCAAAGAAGCUCAAGUUGAUCAUCCUAAAAGUUCUACGGGUAGGUGAACUUGUAACAAUUUAUUUCCAGAACGUUGAGCGUAAUGACGACAUUUUUUUUUUCAGAAAAAAAAAAUAAAAAAGAAGAAGAUGCAAGGCCUAUGGAUCACCCACCUGGUGAACUCAACUCUACAGAUGAUGAUGAUGCUUGUACGUUUUCUUUAUAAGUAUUUUAAGAAUGUUAAGUAUUAACAUAUUGCACAAAACAAACAAACAAAAAUUAAUUAUUAACAGUUUAAAUCAUUAUAAAACAUAUUAUAAAAUUAACAGGUAAUAUAUACUGUUUAUAAUAAUUUGUGUUGGAAAAUAGUAUUAUGUAAAAAAAAAAAGCAAUUUUUUUUAUUGAUUAAAUUAAGUAAUAUACAUAGGAUAUAUUUUAAUCUGUUAAUAGUUUUCUUACAACACCAGUUUUCUAUUGGUUCUUCUUCGGUUUCGUAAUGAAUAACAAGGUUAUUGUACAUAUAUUUAAAAAUUUUCGUUAUUUUUUAUAUUUUUUAAAUUAUUAGUCGCGAAGAAUGUAUAGAUUUUGCAGGGAUCAGUAUAGUUUUUUACAUCUGGCAACAUUUUUACAAGAAACGAAAAUUGAAACUCGUCAGAUAAAUUUGAUUUAUACAUUUGGGCUUAAACGACGUAUUUUGAGUUUUGAGAGGUACUUGCAUCGUUUGUAUGAAAGUAUACAUUACAAGUGAUAAUAUCAUGUUGAUAAUCGUUAUGCCGGAAAGUAGCUUUAUUGUGUUAUAUGAUGUGUAGUGUAAAGAGAGCUAUGGUUUUACAAAAAUUUUUACUUUUUUUUCUUAUAGAAAACUAUAAAAUUUUUCUUCCAGAUGUCUUACCUCGAUUUUUAUUUAAGACCUUUUUUUGAAAAAAUCGGACAGAGGAGGUUGUUUAUUGUAGUUAACUUUUCCCAGAGGUUUUUUCAACAAAUUUAAAACCUAAGAAAAUAGAGAAAGAACAGGAAAGUAGGUUUAACAUAAAACUACUAUUAUUAAAGAAAACAGUGAAUGCUUAUGUAACUAUUGUAAAAUGAUAUAUCAUAUAUUUUUCUAUAUAUUUACCUUAACAGUGUUUACGCUUACGUAUGACGUUGCCUGGAUUUUUUUGUUUUGUUUAUUUUAACAAAGAAAUAGGAAUUAUUUUUUUUAAAGUUCUUCAAAAUAGAAUUUGUGAAAUUUGGGUAUUUUUCGUAUUGACGCAAUCAAAUAAUUUACAAUGAAUAUUUUACACGGUACAAAUUCAAUACAUAUUUUUUUUUUAAUUAUUUUCUACAAUCUCACCUAGAGUUACAUUUGCUUUGUGAUACUGCCAAGAUGCCAAUUACAGUACAGAUUUUUAUUAAAACUAAUCGAUUUUUCAGAUCAGAGUAUUUUAAUACCCAAAAUAAUUAGGACUAAAAGUCCUAAAAGAACUUUGGGUAGGUAAACCUAGAGCAAUUUCUUAAACGUUAAACAUUAUUUAACGUUAUAAUUGUAUAACAUUAUUUUUUAUCAAAAACAGGAAAAGAAGAAAUUUCAAGAUCUACUCUUAAAUCUCCAAGUGAACGCUACUCUUCAGUUAAUAGUGGUACGUUGUUUUUAUAAUUAUUUAAGAAGGUUAAGUGUUAACAUAUUUAAAAACCAAAAAUUAAUUUUUAACAGUUCAAAUCAUAAUAAAACACAUUAUAACUAACAGAUUAUUUAUAUUGUUUAUAAUAAUUUGUGAUGGGAAAUCAUUAGGCCGGGAAUAGCUUUAUUGUGUUACAUUUUGUAUAGAACUUAAAGUUGUAUGGAUUUGCAAAGAUGUUUAAUUUUUUUUUUCCUAUAGAAAACUUUUCUCCUAGAAAUCUUACCAUGAUAUUUUUGUUAUACCCAUUUUUGAAAAAAUCGAAUAGAGAAGGUUGUUUAUUGUUGUUAAUUUUUACCAGGGGUUUCUUCAACAAAUCUAAAACUGGAGAAAAUAGAGAAAGAAAUGGAAAAUAGGUUUAAUAUAAAACUACUAUUAUUAAAGUGAAUGCUUAUGUAACUAUUGUAAAAUGGUAUAGCAUAUAUUUAAUGACAAAGUAACUACAAUAACCACUCAUUUUCGCUCAGAAUUGUGUUUUCGUUAGUAAUAAUUUAUCGUUGAUCACAGAUGUACAUUAAAUAUUCCCCUUUUAUAUUUCCCACAAUUCUCCUAAACAGUGUCUACGCUUACGUAUGACGUUGCCCGGAUUUUUUGUUUUGUAUAUUUUAACAAAGAAUUAGGAAUUUUUUUUUAAAAUUAAUUAAAAAUAGAAUUUGUGAAAUUCGGGUACUUUUGCAUUGAUGCAAUCAAAUAAUUUACAAUGAAUAUUUUGCACUAUACAAAUUUAAUAAAUAUUUUGUUUUUAAUUAUUUUUUACAAUCUCACCUAGACUACAUUUACUUUGUAAUUUUUCCAAGAUGCAAAUUGUGGUACAGAUUUUCAUUAAAACGAAUCGAUUUUUUUCAGACCAGAGUAUUUCAAAACCCAAAAUAGCUCAAGUUGAUCAUCCUAAAAUUUCUACGGGUAGGUAAACCAGAAACAAUUUAUUUCCAAAACGUUGAGCGUAAUGACGACAUUUUUUUUUUCAGAAAAAAAAAAUAAAAAAGAAGAAGAUGCAAGGCUUAUGGAUCACCCACCUGGUGAACUCAACUCUCCAUAUGAUUCUCGUACGUUUUCUUUAUAAGUAUUUUAUGAAUGUUAAGUAUUAACAUAUUGCACAAAACAAACAAACAAAAAUUAAUUAUUAACAGUUUAAAUCAUUAUAAAACAUAUUAUAAAAUUAACAGGUAAUAUAUACUGUUUAUAAUAAUUUGUGUUGGAAAAUAGUGUUAUGUAAAAAAAAAAGCAAUUUUCUUUAAUGAUUAAAUUAAAUAAUAUACAUAGGGUAUAUUUUAAUCUGUUAAAAGUUUUCUGACAACACACAAGUUAUUUUGUAUUCUUCUUUGGUUUCGCAGUCUACUAUAAGGUUAAUCGUACAUAUAUUUAAAAAAUAUUCGUUAUUAUUUUUAUUUCUGAAAUUUAAAGUCACGAAGAAUGUAUAGAUUUGCUAGGUUAAGUGCGUUUUUUUUCCAUUUGAUAACCUUUCUAUUAGAAAAGAAAUGUGCAACCAGCCGGAUAAAUUUGUUUUAUACAUGUUGGCUUAAAUAACGUAUUUUUCGUUUCGAGAGAUACCUGUAUCGUUUGUACGAGUGAUGAUAAAAUGUUGAUAAUCGUUGGGCCGGAAAAGUAGCUCUAUUAAGUUAUAUUCUGUGUAGUGCAUAGAUAGUUAUGGUUUUGCAAAAAUGUUUACGGCGCGCGGUGUGUUAAUAAUGCUAAUAGUCUAAUAAUUAAUUAGUUAAUAAUUGUACAUUUUCUCAGAUUGGUAUUUGCAUGAUUUGAGACCUUUUUGCAUUGACCGCUUCAAAUAGUUUUCAAUAUAUAGAUAAUUCGAUACAAUGUCAAUACAAAUAUUUUUUCUAAUUAUUUCACAAAAUCUCACCUACUUUGACUUGGUAAUCCAUCAAUGAUGCAAAGUAUUGUACAAAUUAUUAAAUCUAAGUGACUGUUUUCAGGUAGGAGUACUUCAGUAAUCAAUGGAGAUCAUGGUGGUUCUACAGGUAAGUAAACUAUAGUCACUUCCACAAAGUUGAUCUUAAUGUCGACAAAUUGUUUUUAGAAAAAAAAGAAGAUGAGAAUGACAUUUUUGAUUAUUUGCAAUUUGAAGGUGAUAGCGAAGACCUAGAUCGUAUUGGUAUGUUUGUCUCAAUAAUUAUUUUUAACAAGUUAUGUCUUAACAUAUUGCAAAAAGAAAACAUACGUAUUUAAAAAACGAUAAUAAAUUGCAUAAGUUACAAACGUGAUAACAAAGUGCUUAAAGAAAUAAUGCUGCACGAUAUUCACUGACGUGGCACAAGCUUUUGUAGUAACACAAAAAAUAGGAAAGGUAAAGAAAUUAAGGGUGAAAUGGUGGGGGGUAAAUAAGAGGUGAUUUAAAAGCGGUUGAGACGGGGGAUGAUAUAAAGGAAAGGCGUGGUUAAUGGGAUAGUAGAAGACUUAGGACACUAAGUAUAGAAAUAGAAGACAAUUAUAUUUAAAAUAAUAGGGUAAUUACAUAGAAAUACCUAUAAAGAAUGAAAUAUAAAGGAGUAGGUAUAAAAAUGUGCCUAUAUAGAGUGAAACCAUCGAUCUAAGUUUAAGUACUACAAAGAAUGGUAUAUCUCUAAUUAUUAUAGGAGUUCAGCCUACUAGUUAUAUUACUACCUUCCUUCCUAUGUUUGAAAGGGUUUUGGAGUCGUGAAUCCGAGAAUGGUGACGAAAUGAAUAACUAGAGAAAAGUAUAAUUAUAUUACCUGCCCACGGUGUUGGAACGCUAGGAUGUAUACUUAUGGAUAACCUCACGUGAACCUGGAGUCGUUGGACGGCAAUCACAAUUUAAUUAAGAUAAAUUAAUUUAAUUAAUUAACACUUAACACCUGUGUGCACUCAGAUAAAAAAAUGCUAAUUUUUAAACUAGGAAAAUGAAAGGUUGAAUUACAAAGUGAGUUAAUAAAUAAAUCGAACACGAGUGAUUAUAGCUGCUAAAAGUCGGAGCUAGCUAUUCGAGAGAGAUCCUCGAAAGAAGUUGGUGGAGCGUAGUUGUUGCUGUGUGUGGGAUUCUCGACAGAUAAUUCGUCUUGGGGUUUCUAAAGGGAUCAAGACGCUUAAUUUUCAAUAGAAAAAACCGUUAAAUUUUAUGUGUUUAUAUAAGCCAAUAAAAAAAAGGUCAACCAUAAAAAAAGUGUUAUGCGUAGAUUUGAAAUUUGUAUUGAAAUAAUUGUAACGGUAUAUAGCGUGAAAGAAUGAUGACGGCACGGCGGCAUCAUCAAAGGGCCGAUUGAUGUUGUGUAUUUAUUGCUUAAUUUUAUAUCACUUAUAUUUGAAUGUUCUAAAUGAUGGUAAAUUAUUGGAUGUUGAUUUUUCUCGAAUGAUAGAAAACCACUGGAAUUUGUGUGCUUAAAAAAUGGAACAGACGGCAAUCGCGUCAAUGUCGAUAUAAAAUAAGUAAUACUCGAAUUGUGAAAAGAAGACAAUAUACAUUAGUAUGACUGAGGCGGCAGUGUCCUCAAAGGGCCGUAGCAGAUGGCAUGUAGUUCUGUUAUAUUUGACACAUACGAGUAUAUAAAUUAUUUUGCUUGUAGAUAAGCUUGUAUCCCUCUCGAAUAGCGAACGAUCCGUUAGAUUUAUUAAAUUAUUUUCCUUUUGUGAAAUACCAAGUACUCGGCCAUAUUUGAAUCUUUUAGUUACAUUUUUGUAAUGAUAUAAAUAAUAAAUAAUUAUACAGUUAUAAUAUUAUGUUAUGUGAGCAUAACAUUACACUUUCAAUAAAGUUUGGUAUAAAGGAUUACUUAUAAAAUCAAGUGAACAGCUGCUACAUUAUUAGUGUGUACUUCUCAAAUUUUACCUAACUGAACGUCAAUUUAUAGUCAUGCAUGAAGAAACAAUUUUAAAAAUGUAUCAGCCAGUGCAUCACGAGAAAGUGUCAUUAGACUAAUUUUGUACUUAUUAUAUACAGUUGACAUUUCAACCAAUAACUUAUCAAUGCAAGCCAUGUUUUCUGAUGACAUGGCAAUAAUAACAAUAACUGAUAGACUGGGACUGCUUGGUUUCAAAGGUCAAUUAACAACGUUUCCAACUAGACGAAACGUUGGAAGAAUAAAAUAAACAGCAAGAAAUCGGCGCACGUAAAUUACACCUUGCGUCUAUAAACUAAUAUUGUUUGAUUAGCAGAUCAUCCCACAGAGUGACUUUGCAAAAUACCUAGGAAUACACUUACACAUCUUACACAGGAAUACUUCUUGACUCUUGAUUCAAUUGGAAACACCAAAGUCGCUAGAAAUAAUUAAAAGUUAAGAAGAAAAUGCGACAACUAUAUUGACUGGUCAGAGGAUAUUUUAAACUAAACUAUACAAGCAAACUUCUACUUUACGUUAUGGUACUUAAUUUAAUAUUAUUGAUUUGUGGAAUACAACUGUGGGGUUGUACCAAUAAGUCCAACAUUGAAAUUAUUUAAUGCUGCCAGAAAAUUGCUCUCCAUACCAUUGUCGCGUCAUACCAGUAUAACAGAAACGACAUUAUCCAUUGAAAUAUGAUGAACACCUCCGUUCAAUACGAGGAUUACUACGUUUACACGUAAAUAUGAAGCAAGGCUGGAUCAACACUCUAAUCCAACAGCAAUUCAACUACUCAAUAACUCUAAUAAAUCAGGCGUCUCGAAUGCCGAAAACCAUUGUUAUGAUUUACGACAAAGAACAAUUUGGUAGAACUAUUUUAGAUCAAUUUUUAAAAUAUUAGAAAAUAAUUAUAAAAUUAUAUAAUAAGUAUAAAAAUGUAACAGUAAAAAGUUGGCUUUGGGAAAAAUUUGACUUCAAUGAGUCAUAUUUAAAUUAGAUAAGAAUUUUUUUCCUGAAAAUAUACAACAUAUUACAUAAUUUUAGAUUAUUCUAAUUUUAAUGUAGGUACAAGUGCAUAAUUAAAUAAAUUACAUAAAGUAAUAUAAAUGUGUAACAUAAAGUUACAUAAAUUAAAGAAUUUGCAUAUUUCAGAAAAAAUGUCGGUAGUCAUUAAAUUUGAACAUGGUGACCAUGUAAAUGAUAUCAAUCAAAUCGUUUUUAAAACAUAACUCAAUUUUGUUUUCUAGAUUAA